CUGAAGGACUGUUGCCAUAUCCCACAGUAGGAUUCGAACCCAUAAUGUAAUGAUCAACUCCUUACUGUGGACUAUAAAGCAGAUAGCAGAUGCUCUAACCACUGCCCCACACAGAAGAACAAUUACUUUGACAGGAAUGGAUAUUUAUAUUGAUUGUAUGAUUUUUUUAAUAAUGUUUCUUUAAAUAGGUAAAGAUUGAGUGAUUAUUUUGGUAUUUUGAAGAUAUUUUGCCACAGCAGUGGAAAGUGGCCACAGCUACAAUGGAUUUGAACUGAACACCACUGCCACCCAGUUUGUGGUGAACCUGACCCUUACUGACCGAGGACUUGAACAGUUUGAGGAAGUUCUACUGACAGUUUUCCAGUAUGUACACUUACUGAAGAACAAAGGACCACAGAAGCAGUACUUUGAUGAGAUGAAGAUAGUGGAGGAAACCAAAUUUAGAUUUAAAGAAAAGGGAGAUGCAAUGGAUUAUGUGGAGAAAGUCUCAGAAAACAUGCAGAUAUUUUCCCCAGAAGAUGUUUUAACUGGCAGAGAUUUAAUGUAUGAGUAUGACCCAGAGUCGAUUGUUAAGUGUCUGGCAGAUCUAAGGGCAGACAACUGUUGUAUUUUCCUGUCAUCCAAACAAUUAUCAGAUAAAUGUGACAGACAGGAUAUAAAAUGGAGCCCUGUAAAGUAUGGAGUGGCAGAAAUCAAACCGGAGUGGAUUCAAAGAUGGCAAGACCCACCUAAAAAUCCUGACCUUUGCUUACCAAAACCAAACAAAUCAAUAGCUACAGAUUUCACAUUAGCAGAGGUGGAAGCAAAGUACUGUACAAAGCAUCCUAUCACUCUCUCGGAAAAUGAGUUGUGUACAUUGUACUACAAGAAGGAUAUGAAAUUCAAAGUGCCAAAAGCCUAUGUGUGUGUUCAGUUGAUGUCACCUGUAGCCAGCCAAUCAGUGAAGAGCCAAGGUCUGCUGAAAAUAUUUGAGGCUGUGAUGAACCAUAAAUUGGAUGCCCCUACAUAUCCUGCUAUCAUGGCUGGCUUUGACUACUCAAUCACUGUGGAUGAUACAGGUCUUAAAUUCAAAGUGAAUGGAUUCAACCAGAAAUUACCUGAGCUGUUUGAUCUACUUUUGACGGCUGUUUUUGACUACACCUGUAAUGAUGAGUUGUUUCCAAUCAUGAGAAAUAAAGUGAAGAGGGAGAUUUUUAAUGCCAUUAUCAAACCAGCUGAGCUUGUCAG